AGGUGGCUGUUGUCCGAGCCGAAGCAGGUUUGAAACUGGGGGUCGGGCCGGGCAGUCGUUGUCUGUCGCCGCGGCCCCGCUUCCGGGCUAGGUCGUCCCAGCCCGCCCCCGCCCCCGCCCCGCCUCCCUUCGGACCCCUCAGUCUCAGGCCCGGCUACCCGCCUGACUCGCGCCCGGCCCGCAGCAGCUUGCUGUCGUCCGGGCCCGCAGUGCGGCCCCGCCGCCGCCACUAUGUCCCUGCACGGCAAGCGGAAGGAGAUCUACAAGUAUGAAGCGCCUUGGACCGUCUACGCCAUGAACUGGAGCGUGCGGCCCGACAAGCGCUUUCGCCUGGCGCUGGGCAGCUUCGUGGAGGAGUACAACAACAAGGUUCAGCUUGUUGGUUUAGAUGAAGAGAGUUCGGAGUUUAUUUGCCGAAACACCUUUGACCAUCCGUACCCCACUACAAAGCUCAUGUGGAUCCCCGACACAAAAGGUGUCUAUCCAGAUCUACUGGCGACAAGUGGCGACUAUCUCCGUGUGUGGAGGGUUGGUGAAACAGAAACUCGGCUGGAAUGUUUGCUAAACAAUAACAAGAACUCAGAUUUCUGUGCUCCUCUAACCUCCUUUGACUGGAAUGAGGUGGAUCCUUAUCUGUUAGGUACCUCCAGCAUUGAUACGACUUGUACCAUCUGGGGGCUGGAGACAGGGCAGGUGUUGGGGCGAGUGAAUCUUGUGUCUGGUCAUGUGAAGACGCAACUGAUCGCGCAUGACAAGGAGGUCUAUGAUAUUGCAUUUAGUCGGGCUGGGGGUGGCAGGGACAUGUUUGCCUCUGUGGGAGCUGAUGGCUCGGUGCGGAUGUUUGACCUCCGUCAUCUAGAACACAGCACCAUCAUUUAUGAGGACCCACAGCAUCACCCACUUCUUCGCCUCUGUUGGAACAAGCAGGACCCUAACUACCUGGCCACCAUGGCCAUGGAUGGAAUGGAGGUAGUGAUUCUGGAUGUCCGAGUUCCCUGCACACCUGUCGCCAGGUUGAACAACCACCGAGCGUGUGUCAAUGGCAUUGCUUGGGCCCCACACUCAUCCUGCCACAUCUGUACUGCAGCGGAUGAUCACCAGGCUCUCAUCUGGGACAUCCAGCAAAUGCCCCGGGCCAUCGAGGACCCUAUCCUGGCCUACACAGCUGAAGGAGAGAUCAACAAUGUGCAGUGGGCAUCGACUCAGCCCGACUGGAUUGCCAUCUGCUACAACAACUGCCUGGAGAUCCUCAGAGUGUAGCGUUGGCAGCGCCUUGCCCACGAGGCGGGGGCUUGUGUGUUUCCUGCCUCUGCCCCAUCCCCAAAGUAAGAAGAAACGUGUUUCUGGUGGCCAGUAUGUCUCUCAUUGCUUUGCACCACUGUUACCAGAAGCUGCUCUAGGAGUUCUGGCCAGUCAUCCCAUCGCUGCCUGUGCCAGACUCAGUGCUGUGUGGCGCCUCCUCAGCCCAGGGCUGAGUUUUAAGAUUUUCUCUCCUUUUCUCUUCUCCUUUGGUUCCUCCAUUAAAAUUUUCUGUAUAUUUGUUUGUCAGCUGUUGUGUUAAUGAGCAUUGCAGGCACUGGCUAUGUUUGUAUUCAUCUGCCCCAGAUGUCUCUUAUCUGUCUGCUGCCCAAGGCGGCGAUCUGUGUCUGUGUCAUGUUAGCACUUACGAGGGAACAAAUACCAAUUUGGAGUUGUCUUUCCUCCUGUUAUCAAUGUCUUUAACAAAUUUCAACUUUGUAUAUUUUUUACCUAUCAGGCUAAUUUUUUUACGAAAAGAAUUUUACUCUUCCUGGUUUCUUCCUUUGUUUCAUAGUCCACCCCAUUAGCACUUCCUCUCUUCCCUCAGUGCCUGGAUCUAGCACUGAGCCCUUGACCCCAUGAGCAGUUUGCCUUCUUGAAUCACUGCCUGAGUGCAACGUACCUGACCAGGAGUCCCAAACCACCUCGGUGCUCUGAAGUCGGCCUGUUCUCUCACCUUUUCUCAGCCCGGCUCUUCUUGAGGGCCUUCUGGGCUCCAAACAGACAUGUGAAGCCUUCUGUUACUUCCCAAAGUACCUCUGUCCAAUCCCGCUGGGACCUACUGGCAAUGUGUUAGAGCUGGGAGAGACAGCGUGUCUGACUUGAAGGGAAUGGUUUCAGAAAAGCUGAGCUUAGAGCGCAUUUCCAGUACGUAGUUUCUGAGUUAGUGUUUCCCUCCAGAUGUAAGUCCUAGGCCAUUUUCUUUCACGUCCUGAAUGAUAGGCAAGCACAAUUUGUAAUCUGAACUUUAGUAUCUCGAUUUGGUUGGUUUACUGUUGGUUGGCCACUCUUUGAGUGAGAGAGUCCUGCUUGAGAGGCACAUAGUCUGUGUCUCUAAUCCUGAACAAGAGCUUCUUUAGAGUGUGGGGGACUGUCAGCUCCUGGAAGGAGUGGACUAAUAGGCUGUGAUAAUCCCAGGCCGUCAAGUAAAUAUAGACAGCCUCAGGGCCCUCCAGUUAAUGUGCACCUGUCAACCCU